AUGAAUUGCCCAAGGGAGAAAGGGUGCUCUCUCGUCAACGACGUCGAGCAUUCCUUCGAACAGCGGGUACCGCCGCAGGUCUUUAUGGUCAACGAUGGCCUCGCAACAGAGGCGCAGGUGGUAGAUGCCCUGGCCGCCCACCGCGAUGCUCGACAACUGGUCCGCCUUGUACAGUGUCCCAGCUGCUCCCACCCACUCAAAAGCCCUGUAACAUUGCCAUGUUCACAUACGGUCUGCCGGGGAUGUCUUCCGGAGCCCCAACCUCGAACAAACAUAUCCUAUCCCAACACUCCGGAUCGUUUGAUGGGAAUUGUGUGCCCACUGAUAGGAUGCGGGGCGGAGCAUGCAGCCGCCGAGUGCUCGGUGGAUGUGACGUUGACUAAGCUGAUGGAGCUGGUCGCACAAGAGAUAGCGCAGCACAGGCCAUCUUCGAAACAUUCGUCUAUCCUGCUCCAGGAGAUACUGCGACGUGAUUCGGCGGAAGAAGUCAACAAUGAGAAAGAGAAGGACCAUUCCAGCGAACAGGGCAGCCAGGAAGUGCUGCAUGGUGGCCGUCUGGUUUCAACAUACGACAUGGCCGAGAUGGGCAAGCUUCGGUACAGUUCUGAGGUCGAAUACUCAACCACGUCGGCGGACGACGAUCACGAGCAUAUGGACGUAGAACUCGUCGAACGUCUGCGAGAAGUAACUUAUCAGGAGUUGGACUGCCUCGUCUGUUACAACAUGAUGCUGGAACCAACGACGACCACCUGUGGUCAUACAUUCUGUCGUCGCUGCCUCGCCCGCGUCAUGGAUCACAGCAACAUCUGCCCAUUUUGCCGACGGGAUUUACAUAUCUCUGCGUCGCUACGGACAAAGCAGUGCAGCAAUGCUAUCCUAAACUCCCUUCUCAACGGACUUUGCCCGGAUCUUGUGGCUUCCCGCGCCGAGGCCGUAAAAGCUGAGGAGCAAGCCGGUAACGAUGUUAUGAGCACACCUCUGUUCAUCUGCACGUUGGCGAUGCCUGCAAUGCCCACCUUCCUCCAUGUCUUCGAACCUCGUUACCGUCUGAUGAUGAGGCGAGUCUUGGAAGGCAACAGGCAAUUUGGUAUGGUCAUGUACAACCGUACUACCUCAUCCCAAGGCUCCUUGGGUUCGGUGCCGUUCUUGAAGUACGGUACCAUGCUCGAAAUCGUCAACUACGAGCUUCUUCGUGAUGGUCGCAGCUUCGUGGAAACUCGAGGUAUCGGUCGUUUCAAGGUUCGUGCCCACGGCAUGCUUGAUGGGUACAACGUUGCUAGUGUUGAGCGGGUCGAGGAUGUGUCCCUAGCUGAAGAGGCUGCACUCGAGCAGCGCGAGACAACCAUGGCCAGAGAUCUCGCAGAAUCACACUUUCGUGAGGACCCACAGACUCAGCUCCCUACUGACAUUGCUGUCGAGUCUUUGUCUACACAACAGCUUCUCGACACAUGUACAGCAUUCGUUCGAGAAAUGAGGGAAGCCAGUGCUCCUUGGCUUCGCGAUCGCAUCAUUCAGGUUUAUGGAGAACCGCCGGAAGACCCCGCCCUGUUUCCAUACUGGUUCGCUUCAGUCGUUCCGGUCUUAGAAGAAGAGAAGUAUGUGCUUCUGCGGACGACACACGUCCGUGAACGCCUAAAGGUCGUCUACUCGUGGAUUGGAAGGAUACGUGGUCAGCGAUGGGCCUCUGGCAGCGCUUGCAAUAUCCUUUGA